AUGCAUAUACAAACUCUUCCACUUGCGUGCUCUCUUCCCAAACCGACCAUCACCGGUCCGCCGCCGUUGAAAGCGCGGAAGACCCACUCAAUGGCACCGGAGAAGGUGGAGAUUUUCAGGUCCCUGGAGGGAUGGGCUUCAGAGCAGGUCCUACCCCUGCUGAAGCCCGUGGAAAAAAGCUGGCAGCCACAGAGCUUCGUCCCAGACUCUUCGUUGCCGUUAGAUGAGUUCAUACACGAGGUGAAGGCCCUUCGCGAACGCACGAAGGAGCUACCCGACGAGUACUUUGUGGUGUUGGUGGGCGACAUGGUGACGGAGGAAGCACUUCCCACUUACCAGACCAUGAUGAACAACAUGGAUGGGAUGAGAGAUGACUCCGGAGCGAGCCCAAGCCCGUGGGCCGUGUGGAACCGGGCCUGGUCCGCGGAGGAAAACAGACACGGGGAUUUGCUCAAAACCUAUUUGUAUCUUUCUGGUCGGGUUGACAUGGACAGGGUGGAGAAGACUAUUCAUCACCUCAUUGCUGCAGGCUGGGAUGUUGGGAUGGAUAACAACCCAUAUCUAGGGUUUGUAUACACGUCGUUCCAAGAGCGAGCGACGUUCGUGGCGCACGGGAACACGGCUCGGCUUGCGAAGGAGGGCGGUGAUCCAGUGCUGGGGCGCAUAUGCGGGACCAUCGCUGCGGACGAGAAGCGCCACGAGAACGCGUACUCGAGGGUGGUGGAGAAGCUUCUAGAAGUCGACCCCACCGGCACAAUGGUGGCCAUAGGGAACAUGAUGGAGAAAAAGAUCACGAUGCCGGCACACCUUAUGUACGAUGGGUACGACCCCAGGCUAUUCGAGCACUACUCCGCAGUGGCGCAACGCAUAGGCGUGUACACGGCCAACGAUUACGCAAACAUCUUAGAGUUUUUUAUCCAACGAUGGAGAUUGGAGAAGCUGGAGGGUUUGACAGGUGAAGGUAAGAGGGCUCAGGAUUACGUGUGUGGGUUAGUGCCGAGGGUUAGGAAGUUGCAAGAACGCGCUGAUGAGCGAGCGCGUAAGAUGAAGCCUUAUUCCAUAUUUGUUGAAGCUUUUUCAGUCAUGACUUCACUUUGCUGGAUAGAAGUUAACCCACAUCCCCACCCUCAUCAGGAACAUCAUUUUACAGAAAUGACUGCCAUGUCAGCCAGAAUCGUACUGUAG